CUACACAUAUGUAGACGGAGCAUAGCUGUAUGCUUGAUUAGUGCGAUUCGAAUUCCAUUAGCUGUUGAGGUGGAGAGGUGACAUCACUCAUAAACAUAGUCGCUAUUUCAUAUUCGUUGAAUAUUCUAUUUGAUGAAAACUAGAAAUAUUCGACUGCUAUCGAAUCCAGGAGAAUUUUGCAUGAUGAACUUGUUAGGUUUCCUCACAAUUUGGAUAGUUUCAACUGAACUUUCAAUGGUUGAUGCAAAAAAUCUGCUGAAUUUAAGUGAUCUUAUUGACUCUCCAUUAGGCGGCGCCAGCUAUAACGGCUUCUGGAAGUCUGAUGUUGAUUUGGCCAAAAUUUUACCGGGAAACGCUGUGGAAACGUUUAAUGUAGUAACCAAAAAGAAAAGUACAGCACCUGGAGAAUCUUAUAGUAAUUUCACAGGUUUUUUGGACUCGGCUUGGGAUUCUGAUGAUCUACAAUGGUCUUUAGUCCCACAUAAUUGCAUUAAGGUAUAUACAUAUUCAUUCUUAUGUAUUUACACUGUCAUCGAAAUCAAAACUGGUGCUCAGCACGUUCUCGCCGGUGGAGAUCCUGUGCAAAUUGCUCGGUUUGUAAUCAAUUCCCACGCAAUCGUUUACGUGAUUAAUAAUGAUAUGUACUAUACAGAGCCGCCCUAUUCUCCCGAUACUGUGGUCAGGUUGACAUUCACUGGGGUGCCAGGCAUUAUAUUUAACGGAGUCUGCGACUGGGUUUACGAAGAUGAGAUUUAUGAAAAAACUAGAGCAUUUUAUUUUUCGAGUGAUGGCGCUUUUAUGAGCUACCUAUCGUUUAAUGAUUCCAAUGUACCAACAGAACACUAUCCGAGUUAUUCAGCAUUUCUUAGUUUCACUAUGUAUCAAUAUGCGCAAGACGUGGCGACCAGAAUUCCAAAGCCAGGAACUCCUAUCCCAGUGGCAAGUGUACAUAUAAUCAAUCUGAAGACUAAGAAGGAAAUCGUCAUAGAUGGCUUACAAGCUCCUGUGGAUCUUGUGACAAAGGAGAACAUUGCUGUACAGCUGGACUGGGUAGAUGAAAAGAAUGUGGUUGUUGCAUGGGCCAAUCGCAUUCAGAACUAUGUUGUUACUAAUAUGUGUGAUGUCACGACCAGUAAAUGUCAAAAGAUUCUCGAGACCAAACAACCUAAUGGAUGGAUUCAAAACCCUACAUAUUAUUUCAAAACGGCGUCAUGUUUUGCAAUCAUUUUACCUCAACCCCAAGGUAAAGCUGGAACUUAUCAGCAUUUGACCAUCGUAGAGAACGGAGUUCAAAAGCCGUUAACAUCUGGAUUGAGAACUGUUGAUUCAAUUGUUGUAUAUGAUACUAAACGCUCCUUGAUCUACUAUCUCGCUACUAAUCUGACAAACGUGAACAGCCUUCAUUUGUAUGUGAUCAAAGAUGACGGAUCGCAACCUGAAAAGUGUCUCUCCUGUGAUAUCUGUCCAGCAUCUGUUGAAGUCUCUAUGAGUAAAAAUUACUCUUACUAUAUAUUAACUUGUAAAGGACCUGGCCCUCCCACUUACAAUGUGUACUCCAAUACUGGAGAGUUUGUCAUGGAAUUGAUAAACAACAAUGGAACAAAAGAGCUGCUGCAGCAGCUUCUUUUACCAACUUCAUAUAAGUAUGAAAUAACUUUGGCUGACGGUGUGAACAAUGCUUCUGUCUAUCUCAAACUACCUCCAAACUUCAACGAAGCCAAAAAAUACCCAUUAUUGCUGCAAAUAUGGUCAUUCCCUGAUCAGAAGGAGGUUGAAGAUGAGUAUGAUGCUCCAGAUUUCUAUGAUUAUUUGGCAACAGCAAUGGAUGUGGUUGUGGUGUACCUUGAUGUCAGAGGGAGCUCUAGGAGAGGAGAUAGCUACACUUUUUCUAUCUAUAAGAAAUCGGGUCAACUUGAAGUUGAGGACCACAUUUUUGUGACCAAAGAGCUGAUGAAGAAACACUCGUAUAUUGAUCCACAACGCAUUGCAGUUAUGGGAGAGGACUAUGGAGGCUGGGUUGCUACCAUGAUUCUAGCGAGAGACACCGAAAACGUUUUCAAAUGUGGAAUAGCCAUGAAUCCAAUCACAAAUUUCAUGUAUUAUGAUGCCUUUGUUACUGAAAAAUUUUUGGGUCUGCUCGCGGAUAAUCCAGCAGGCUACAACUACACUGAUGUUACACAGCUUUAUGAAGGCUUUAGAGGGAAGAAGUUUCUGCUGAUGGCAGGGACAUUAGCUGCUGAAUCUCUGUAUCUGCACAGUGCGGCCCUUGCUAGGAGUUUGGAGAUGAAUCUUGUUCCUUUCCGAUUCAUGCCUUUCAUUGAAGAAAGAUAUCCUGACUCAAGUUGGUCAAUUGCAAACAUUGCAAUCUUCUACUAUAUGGAAAUAGUUCAAUUCUUGUCGGAAUUCUAUGGAGUGGUACCAAAAACCAAAGCCUGAAAAUGCAAUGUCGGACAUCAAUCAUUCAAUACUAUCAUUACAAUAUUAUCUAUCUAUUUUAGUCAUAAGGGGUAUUCACGAUCCUGAGUUAGCUAUCUAAGGAAUAUAUGCACCAUCUACAUUGAACGCUAAACAGCAAUUACUUACUGGUCACAUUCAUUCUGAUUAGUUACAUUUCAGGUUUAAAUGAUUUGAUGAUUUAUCGCGGUUUGAACUGAGAUGGUGCAUAUGGGCCUUAGUCGAGCUAUUUCUCAAUAAUUGGAAUCUGCUUUUUCUGUAAUGUACUAUAUUAUAAAUCAAUAAACUAUACUAUACUACGUUUUUGGAAAGGGUA